AUGGAACCAAAAUUCGGAUUUACACAGAAUCCCACUAGAUCGCUAUUUUACUUCGGAGAAUCAAACAACCAAUCUUCCUCUUCUGAUCCCAUCCAGCCUGCCGAUACUUCCAUCAACGAAAUUUCUUCUUCCCUUUCCCAGAUGACCUUUGCAAAUGAACACUCUGCAGAAGCUGUUGGCAAAAUAAACUCUGAUGACCCAAUCCUCCAAUUAGAAGGUUUACAAUUCAUAAGAAAAGAGCUUUCUCAAAAAGAUAAUCCACCUAUAAACGAAAUCAUAAAUUCAGGGAUAUGUAGGCGCAUUCUUGAUUUGGCUUCAACUAUGCCUGAUGAUGAAUUUCUAUUUGAAGCUACAUGGGUCUUUUCAAACAUUUUAUCAGGAAAUUCUAAGCAAACUGCUUAUUUAGUGAAUUUAGAUGUGAUACCAUUUUUAUUUAGACUUUUUGAUAAAACUAAUGAUGAUAUUAAAGAUCAAGUAAUGUGGGCUUUUGGAAAUAUUGCAGGAGAUAAUACAAAUUGAAGAGAUUUAAUAAUUUCGAAUGAGAACUUUGGCUAUAUUAUUGAUUUAUGCAAUAAUAUGAAUUUUUCUAAUCGAAAUAUGAUAAAAACUUGUUCUUGGGCUGUAUCAAACUUCCUAAGAGGAAGCCCUCAACCGGUUGUAGAAAAAGUUUUACCUUUUGUGCGGUUUUUAAAAAGAAUCAUCGUUGAAUUAGAAGAGCAAGAAAUUCUUACAGAUGCCCUUUGGGGAUGUUUUUAUAUAACAGAGCUACAUUCAUCUCUAGAGGCAUUUCAAAAGAAACAAUUUUUAGAAAAAAUAAUUAGACAACUAUCAACCUGAAAAAUUGAAUUAUUGACAGCUUCUCUGAAAACUAUUGGAAAUAUUACCUCGCAAAUGGAAAAUUCUUUUAGCGUACUAUUUAGGCUUGGAUUUUUAGAAAAAAUUGAUAGUUUGUUAUGCCAUCAAAAAAGAACGAUAAGAAAAGAAGCUUGCUGGAUUCUAUCAAAUAUGUCCACAGAGAGUUGUGACGUAGUUGCUAAAUUUUUGGAAAAUAAAUUAUAUGAAAAAUUAUUACAUAUAAUGAAAACAGAUAGUCAAGACGUUAAAAAAGAAGCAAUAUGGGUGAUAGCGAACUCAGCAACAGUCUGUGAUAGUAAUCAAGUAAUAAAUCUCGCACAAUUAAUUAUUAAAUUAUGGCCAUUUGACCUUUAAGUCUGGCCAUUUCCCAUAAAUUAUCCAGUUCUUCCAAAAUCGAUUAAGAGAUUUCUCCACAAAUUUCUCCAUGAAAUCUUUUUUAACUAACCAACUAUUUCGCACAAUUAGGAAUGGUAAAAGAAUUGAUUAACUGCAUUAAAUUUAAUGACUGCAGAAAUAUUGCAUUAGAAGCAUUGUGCUCAUAUGUAAAAAAGGUUCCUGAUGUUAUAUACUCUUUUACUAUAGAAAAACAGAAUAAUAUAUUGAUUUAUUUGGAUAAUUAAUAGUUUUUUAUUUAUUAUUAACAGAAUAAAUGCAGAAGAAAAAGAUAUUUUGAUUAAAAAUAUUGAUCUUUUAGUAAAUUGUGGUGAAGAUUGCGAGCAUGCAAUGAAUUUGAGAGAAUUGCUGAAUAAUAGGAAUGGUGAUGAAAAUAAUUAA